AGUCUUGGGUAUAAACAAACAUGGAUGUCAGACUGUUUGACCGCCAAAUUACAAAGGGAAUUUUUGAGGGAAGAUUUGACUGAUUGCAUUGUGUUCAUGGAAUUCAAAAGUACUGGAUCGCAACGAACUUGAUAAAAUGACAGAAGUUCCAGUAAAAGUUGCUGUUCGGGUACGCCCUUUGGUUGGCAAGGAGAAAGUCCACAAUGUCCCACAGUGUGUGCGCUUUAUUCCAGAGAAGCCUCAAUUGAUCCUUGGAAAGGACCGGGGAUUCACAUUUGAUUACGUGUUCCCUCCAAAAGCAAGUCAGACAGAGGUUUAUGAAAAGUGUGUGGAACCAUUGGUGAAAAGCUGUAUGGAAGGAUAUAAUGCCACUGUGUUUGCUUAUGGACAAACUAGCUCUGGGAAGACCUAUACAAUUGGUGGAACUGACAGUGCUGGCCUUUUGGAAGAACAGUAUGGGAUUAUUCUUAGAGCUGUUAAACAACUUUUUCAGAUUAUGGAGGAAAACAAACACAAAACAGAGUUUGUUGUGACUGUAUCUUAUGUUGAGAUUUACAUGGAGGAGUUGAGAGAUUUACUCGAUAUGGAUACAUCUAGUAAAGAUAUUCAUGUCAGAGAGGAUGAGAAGGGAAAUACAGUUAUUGUAGGAGCCACUGAACAGCCAGUGAACACAGCAGAUGAAGUUAUGAGCUGCCUGGACUCAGGAUCAGCUGGGCGGCAAGUGGGCACCACGAAUAUGAAUGAACGCUCCAGCCGAUCACAUACGAUUUUCACUCUAUAUGUUGAGCAAAAACCUCUGGCUGAAGAUGAGCAUGUGGACAGUGAGAAAAAGAGCGACAUGGACUUCACGGAUUACAAGUAUGCCAAGUUCCACUUCGUUGAUCUUGCUGGUUCAGAGAGAGCUCAUCGAACAGGAAACGUCGGUGAAAGGUUCAAGGAGUCUGUGUACAUUAACAGUGGUUUGUUAGCGCUGGGAAAUGUGAUUAGUGCUCUGGCGGACUCCAAAAAGAAGGUCCUCCAUGUUCCGUACAGGGACAGUAAGGUAACAAGACUGCUAAAAGAUUCUUUGGGAGGCAAUUCCAGAACAUUGAUGAUAACGUGUCUCAGUCCUUGUGCAACAGACUUUGCGGAAAAUUUGAAUUCCUUAAAGUAUGCCACGAGGGCUAGAAACAUUCGCAACAAGCCAGUGGUUAAUCGUGAUCCACAGAAUACAAGACUGGCAGAAAUGCAAAGCGAGAUACAGGCUCUCCGUGAAGAACUUCAACGGCGCCGUGGUUCAUCUUUUGGGUCUGCCGGUACAGGAGAAGAUGCCGAGCGAAUCAAGUCGCUAGAGGAUGAAUUAGAAAGAUCUCGUGGAGCGUGUGACACAUACAAACAGCUUCUUUCCGAUGCUUUAAAUCAAUUAAAAGCUCUGCACAAGGCCGGCGUGAUGUCAAAUAAUCAGUGUAGCCAAUUUGACCGGUUUCUUAAAGCUGUAGAGCAGAUUAGGUCGAGACCAAUCUGGACUCCAAACACCAGUCGUCAACAACAAGCCGACCUGAUAGAGCAGCUUAAGAAAGAACUUAACAAGUACAAGGAAGAUUUGUCAAGUGAUGAAGAAAUAUUCGCGGAGAAAUCAAAGGAGAUCGAAUUUCUAAGGGAGCAUGCGCAUAAACUCGAGGAAGAGAAACUUAAACUCAACAACCAACUGCAAGAAGCGCAGAAUCGCUUGAAAAAACAUGAAGAUCAACUAUUCCAGCAACAACUCCAGCUUAAUCAACUCCUUCUUAACCAAGGGGGUCAUCAAGAAGACAAAAUGGCCUUCUCCAGUCCUCGAGGAACACGUAUUCAUACUGCGCCAUUAGUUGAAGAUGGGACGGCGUCUAUGAAUGAUAGAGAAGUUCACAGCAGCCCGCCUGUGUUCAUAGUUGACAGAGUCAUACAAGAUUUCAGAGCACGCAGUCAGUUGCUAGUCAGCCAACACGAGGAGGAAGACGAGGUUGUAUGCACCUUGUCAGACAGCAGUGAAAGUGCAGACGAGGUGGAUGAAGAACCUUCAAGGGAAUUGGGCAGGACUUGGAAUAUGAAAAGAGAAAGCUCGAAAAUACCACGGGUACCUGAGACUGUUCCUAAACAAUCAAAGACUUUAAAGAUCUUGGGUAACGGCAAGGUCUCUACAAAAGAUUUGGCAGAAUCGAAGGGCAGAGGGUCAAGACCUGACUCAGCGGAACAUAAUGAAGUUGAAGCAUUGCGAUCGAGUACUCAAGUUAUCGGAAACGAAGUGAAACAAUCAGAGUUAAGACUCCACUCCGCCCAGCAAAAACUGAGGGAUUUAACUAUUAAUAUAAGGCAAAAAGAGGAGUUGAUCAAGGAACUAGCCAAGAGUGAUAGGGAAGCCAAGGACACAAAGAAGCAGUACUCCGAGAAAAUAAAGUCCAUGAAACAGGAGUUGGAAAAAGCCAAAAAAGAGUUGGAAGAAAGUAAGAAAACUCUGGAAGAAUACGAAUCUAAAACUAAUCACGAAGUCGCGGAGAAACAAAAAGUCGAAACUGAGUAUAAGAAAAAGUUGCAGGCGGUGGAGGCCAAGCUUCAGGCUUUGAAACGAAAGCAAAAGGACAAUGAAAAAAUAGGCGCCCUGCACGAAGAGAGGGAAAAGAAAGUUCAGGAACUCGAGGUGCACAUUGACAGGAUGAGAAAUCAACAGGAUCAGCUCCAGAAGAAGCUUAAAGAAGAGGCUGACAGGAAAAUAAAAAUGGAGAGAGAAAUGCAGAAACAACAGCACAAGAUCAAGGAACUUGAAGAUAAUAUGAGCCAGCAGCAGAAGAUACUCAAAAGGAAAACAGAAGAGGUGGCAGCCGCUAAGCGGCGACUUAGAAGUGUUGGCAAACAAGGAUCUGAAGAAAAGGAGAGCGAUGAACAAGCAAAAUUAGAGCAACGCCGUCAAUGGUUGGAUAAUGAAGUCGAAAAAGUUUUGAGGAGAAAGGAGGCCAUGGAAGCUUUAGCAGAGGAGCUGAAGAAAAGAGAAGCCAUCCUACUAAACAAAGAAGCCAUGCUGGCCGAGAAAAGUGAACUGGAAAUGAAGAAACUACGCUCUAGCCAGAUACUUACCAAGGAUAUUCUUCGACUAUCUAACCAACUUGGAGAAGUUGACAAACAGAUCCAACAAAAAGGGAAAAAUGUGGACGAAACUGACGCUUCAAGUCAAAGUAAGAGCAAUGAAAGUGCAAAAACUUUGGAGAGAACAAAAGAUGAACUUCUAAAACAACGUGAACUUUUGGAGCAGAAACUACAGGAAGGCUCCUUGUUAGAUCCAAAGGAAGAAAGGAGGCUUAUUGAAUUAGACGAAGGUAUCGACGCGCUAGAAGCUGCGAUCGAGUUUAAAAACGAUGGAAUUGCUACCCAACAAAAAGAAUUGGACGGUGGUAAACUUCUUACAGACAAAGACCGAGAAGGACUGAUGAACAAGCUGAGUAACCUCUCACAAAGGGAAGCCACCGCCCUGUUGUCAAAAUACUUUGAGAAAGUUGUCGAGUUACGGGGAAGUGAGAAGAAACUGGAGCUGCAUUGUAGCGAUUUGGAGGUUCGUAUAACCGAGCAAGAACGGAUCAUUGGUGAACUAGGUCGUGGAUUGCAGCAAGCUGGAAUAAAAGGGGACCGAAGGCUAGUGGAGCAUCAAAAGAAAUACGAACAGAGGAUACAGUUCUUAAUGAACAAACUUCGUGAUGCUGAGUUAAAUGAGACACCAGAUGAGAGAAUAAGUGAACUUGAAAAUAGAGCCCAACAGUUGGAGAAAGAUCUGUAUUACUACAAGAAAACAAGCCGCGACCUGAAAAAGAAACUGCGAGAGAAGAUGGUGUCUGGAAUGGGUACCAGUGUUGAAUCGGAUGUUUUUAUGGCCAGUAGUGAAGUGGAAGCUCAGCAUAAAAGUACAGAUGUCUACACCAAGCAAUUAGCGACAGACGUUUCCCGUAUGAAGCAUUCUCUCGCCGAAAAGGGAAUGGGAGUUCCUUCUCAAGCUUCUACUCCUGUUAGGGUUUCUCGUAAAGAGCUUCGACAGCUGAGUUCACAGGAAGUGUCAAUGCGUAGAUCUCAGUCUUCUGUGGCCAGCACGGUCCCCGAAUUGCCAGGUCUCUUUGACAAACACAGCCUUGUGGAAGAAUCUGCCGACGACUUAGUACAAGAUUCAAUUGAACAAAACAAGAAUCCCUGGGCUUAAAUCUACAUUUUUACCAACGUGAGAAAGGAAGAUGUAAGGAAUGGAGAUCAUGGAUGAAUUUGAUGUGUUAAUAUAGAUUAGUUUUCCAUGGUCUAUGUGACAUUGCAACCCACUAUUAAUUUCCGCGUGAUUCUAUUGGCUACUUUACAUCGCGUGGUGCAAAAUCACUGGACCGGGAAGAAGCCAGCUCUUGUGUUUUACUU